GGCGCGGCUUCGGGCCUCGGAGGUGCGGGCGGAGGGGCGCGGCGCGGGAGCCCCGCCCGGGGCUGAGAACCAUCUUGUUUUCCACGCAGAUCCGCAGGGCUACACGCGUCGCGUCCCGGGAGCGCCUCCUUUCUCCCGGCGACCGCUGCGGGCUCGGUAAGCCGUUUUUCCCCUCCGGCCGGCAGGCUGGGCGCGCAGGGGCGCCGGCCCCCGCCGGGCGCGCAGUGGCACCAUGGGCACGGUUCUGUCCCUGUCCCCAAGCUAUCGGAAGGCCACACUGUUUGAGGAUGGUGCGGCCACGGUGGGCCACUACACGGCCGUGCAGAACAGCAAGAACGCCAAGGACAAGAACCUGAAGCGUCACUCCAUCAUCUCGGUGCUGCCUUGGAAGAGGAUCGUGGCGGUGUCAGCCAAGAAGAAGAACUCCAAGAAGGCGCAGCCCAACAGCAGCUACCAGAGCAACAUCGCGCACCUCAACAAUGAGAACCUGAAGAAGUCGCUGUCGUGCGCCAACCUGUCCACAUUCGCCCAGCCCCCACCGGCCCAGCCGCCCGCACCCCCAGCCAGCCAGCUUUCUGGCUCCCAGACUGGGGUCUCCUCUUCUGUCAAGAAGGCCCCGCACCCUGCCAUCACCUCUGCAGGGACACCCAAACGGGUCGUCGUCCAGGCAUCCACUAGCGAGCUGCUGCGCUGCCUGGGUGAGUUUCUCUGCCGCCGGUGCUACCGCCUGAAGCACUUGUCCCCCACGGACCCCGUGCUCUGGCUGCGAAGCGUGGACCGCUCGCUGCUUCUGCAGGGCUGGCAGGACCAGGGGUUCAUCACGCCGGCCAACGUGGUCUUCCUCUACAUGCUCUGCAGGGAUGUCAUCUCCUCCGAGGUGGGCUCGGACCAUGAGCUCCAAGCUGUCCUGCUGACCUGUCUGUACCUCUCCUAUUCCUACAUGGGCAAUGAAAUCUCCUACCCGCUCAAGCCCUUCCUGGUGGAGAGCUGCAAGGAAGCCUUUUGGGACCGUUGCCUCUCGGUCAUCAACCUCAUGAGCUCCAAGAUGCUGCAGAUCAACGCUGACCCGCACUACUUCACACAGGUGUUCUCGGACCUGAAGAACGAGAGUGGCCAGGAGGACAAGAAGCGGCUCCUCCUGGGGCUGGACCGGUGAGCCCCUGUAGCCGGUAUCCCGGCCCAAGGAUUCCAUUCGUUUUUAAAAUUUAUUACUAAACGAAUCAAGUUUUGUGUACAGUAUGUGUCUAGCAAAAAGCCACCAAGGGCCUCUUUCCCAUGUUCUUUCCUUGGGGUUUUUUUUCCCAGCCUUUUCCAGAACUCUGGGGACUUUCGAACUCAUGGACCUUGUGCAAAUCCAGGAGAUGCAUUCAGGGCCACUUAAGACUGUUGACCACUCACUUUCGGGGACUAAGGGACUGAUUUUCCCAUGUCGCCUGUGCUCAUGCUGGGUCCAGGGUAGAUGAGGCUUCCCACUGUCCCAUGAUUGGAGCUGGAGAGGGGCCUGUGGCUGGUGACCCAGGAGGGAUCUGCCCUUUCCUGGCGACUGUUUCAUUCUCCCAAAGGCUCCGGGGGCCAGCUGUCCCCACUCAGGCUGCAGGAGGUUGUGAGGCAAGAUCUCCACUGCCCUGGGGCAUCAGUGCAGAUGGCUGCUAGUGGGUGUGGGUGCAGAGACGGAUGAUGACUGUUGACCACAUAGGGCCCGGGUUCGCAGCUUGCUUUUUAGGGAGAAGGGCUUUCCUUCACUGGCAGGCUGGGGCUCCCCACCCUGUCCUCCUGUCUAUGCUCCCAGCUCCCACGUUAGUGUGGGUUAAUUGAGGGGGUUUGCUCAUUAGAUUUUGCUCUCAUUUUGGGUCCCAGCUAAAGGCGUGAGGUGAAGGUAGGGGCAGGCAGCUCCUUUCCUGAGUGAGUUUUUCAUGUGAACAAUGCAGAUCAGUCAAGUCACCCUCUGCAAAAGCCAGGACAUCAGCAGGGACCCAUGAGCAAUGCUGCCUUCUGGGCAUGUGUGUCCAUGCCUGAGACCAAGCUGGUGCCCACUUAAGUGCUAAGGCCUCUUGCUGGUGCACAUAUUUGUCCUGCAAAGCUAGGGGAAGGUGAGAUCGGUCAAUAGGGGUGGCGUGGUGUUGCUGUCUCCCACCCCGACCCCUUGUUAAUUUGAAGCUGUUCCCAAUCGGUCCAGUUUUUCCUGGAGAGGGAGCUUUGCUCUGUGAAACCUACUGAGCCAGCUGCUGCAUCUUGGAGACAAUUACAGGAUUCCAGUGUGACUCCUGAUCGCUUCGGGAGCUUGGUGACUGUCCAGCUGCACACUUCCAGCUGCUGGGUGUGGUACCCACCUAUCCCUGCCGGCUGCGAAACACACUCUGGACUUUGCUGGUUUUUCUUUCUAAUUUCCCAGACUGGGGUUUGGAAGUGGUCCAGGAGAAGGGAGCGAGUCUUCCUGCAUGGCCCUCACUCCGGCUUUGGGGAACAAAGAGCAAUGUGAAGAUGCUACCGAGGAUCCCCCUCUUCCUUCCUGCUCCCCAGAGGCUG